UCUUGCUUUCUCGAGAACCCUUUUUAGAUAUUUUUAUUUGAUAACUUAACUACGCUGAGUUUGAUCUUCUAUUUACCACGCACGGCGCGUGAUUUCUCAGCCUGUCUUCUAGAUAUAUUGAUUUAUACUCUAAGAUAUACUUCUAAAUUAUUUUAUGAGCUUUUAACAUAUUGAAACAUAACGGUUAUAAACAUAUUUAGUUUUUUUUUUCUAAAUAUUUGGGCUUGGUUUCUUGUAGUUUAGUUUUGUAUACAUGUCUCUUUUUCCAUAGCAAAUUUGUUUUUGGUUUAAACCAUAGGAAUUUCUUAAAAUCUAAUUUUAAAAUGGAAUACUUAAGCUGAAAAAAGCAAAUUCAUUUUAGAAUGUUCUUUCAAAAACUGUCGUCAGCAAUGACCAUUGUACAAUCUCAGCAAAGGCAUGACAACAAAAAUGCGUGAAACGUACGCGUCGGGCGGCUGCGUGUGGAGUGGGGGAGUAAGUGAGAGUAAAUAACGAGAAGAUAUGUACGGAAACUUGAUGGAAACGUGAGAAGCAAGUAGAGGAGAUUAAAAAAAAAAAGGAAAAUAAAAAGAGAGAGUGACUCUUCUUGUACUUUUACCUUAAGAUUCUUGUUUUCACACUAUCUACCGACCCUUGUUCUAAUUUUCACAGCCUCGGGGGGUCGAUUAUAAAACGGUUUAUAUGACUGGACAAGUCACAAGUUUAUAUGGUUGGUGAUUUAUAGGAUUACCAACAAACGUGUAAAUGGAUAAAAGUCAUAUGACCAUAUGAUAUGACAACUUGUUUUGUAUUUGUUUCUUUAGUUUCGUUUUUUUGUUCACUAUAUCUAUCAAUUUUCGGUUUUGCUUCGUACGCCAGAUCAUACGAACAAUGAACAAUCACAAAUAAAAUUUACACUUCUAUGAAAUUUUAUUAUUGUUGGUUAUUCUCUACAAAAUUGUUUGAUCCUAUUAGCAAAACUUUACCAUGAUCAACACUAGUUGCUUAAUAUUUGCAUUGGGAAAAUAUUAUUAUAUUCUCAAAUUUAUUUAAAAUUAUUAGUAUGAUUUGUUAGACCUGAAAAUGUGCGAUUUCAAACCCAAUACUAGUCUCGAACGGCCCCGUUGACUCUAUUCCAUAUAACGCAACGGAUUGAUUCGUUUCUCUUCUGUAUUAUUUCCAAGUAUAUAUUAUUAUAUAGUUUUAAUACUUUUGAAAACAUCGAUAGCCAAGUCGAGAGGAUAAGGGCAUCUCUAUCCAUACUCCAUUUUUUCUUCUAAAAUAAAGUAAAAAUGAAUAUGGAGUAAGGAAUGGUCCAACCCAACUCAAUAUUUUAUUUUAUAGUGAAAUUUAUAAAUAGAGUAAUCUAUUUUUUGUUUGUUUAUCACUCCAUUAUAGAAUAGAAAAUGGAGUAGGAUUGGAGCAAUUUUACUCCAUUUUUACUUUUACUCCAUUUUGGAGGAAAAAAUAGAGUUUUACAUUGGAGAUGUUCUAACAAAACAUUAAUAGCGAUGGGUUUAUGUUUCAUAUGUAUUUAGUUCCAAAUUUGUGAAAUUAUAUUCUUUUAUUGUACUAAUAAUGUCAUAGAAAUCCCUGUCUUGUCUUGCUUAAAAAAAAAAGAAGAAAAAUCCCUGUCUUGGUUACAAAUAUUUAUAAAGAAAAUCUGUGGUGAACGUAACUCCAAAAGAUGGGGAGAAAAAAUAGAAAGAGAAUAAGGAAGAUCCUAUUACUCUCUUUUCAGUUACAUGGAAAAAAAUGAAAAGGAGAGCCGACAUUUUUUGCCAAAAUCACUCAAAUAAUCGUUGAUAGUAAGUUAAGAUUGUGCGUGAUUUUAUCCAUCUUCCAAAUAUAGACUGAGAGAAAAGAGAGAAUUAUGCAAAAAAUAAAAAAAUUGUAUAUGAGAGUGUGUAAUGAGAAGAUACUUGAGUAACAUUUAACCACAAUACAAAAUGUGCCUCCAAAGUUUAACUCUUCUCAUCAUCUUCACUCUCUUUUACUCACAUGCGUUUGCUCUUAAGAAGUCCUAUAUAGUGUAUUUGGGAUCUCACGCCCAUCCUUUUACUCUCCUCUCUCAAGCUCAUCUAGAUCGUGUUGCUCAUUCACAUCGCACUUUUCUCGCCUCUUUCUUGGGAAGCCAUCAAAGUGCAGAAGACGCCAUCUUUUACUCAUACAAAAGACAUAUCAAUGGCUUCGCCGCUGUUCUUGACGACAAAAAAGCUUCAGAAAUCGCCAAGCAUCCAAAUGUAGCAUCUAUAUUCUUAAACAAAGGAAGGAAACUGCAUACCACUCAUUCAUGGGAUUUCAUGCUUCUUGAGAAACAUGGAGUCGUUCACAAGUCUUCUCUGUGGAAGAAAGCAAGGUUUGGAGAAGACACAAUCAUCGCUAAUCUUGACACAGGUGUGUGGCCUGAGUCAAAAAGCUUCAGCGAUGAAGGGUAUGGAGAUGUUCCAGCUAGGUGGAAAGGCAGUUGCCACGGUGAUGUUCCUUGCAACAGGAAGCUCAUUGGAGCAAAAUACUUCAACAAAGGCUACUUAGCGUACGCAAAAUUCCCCUCCAACUCUACCUUUGAAACCCCUCGUGACCUCGACGGUCACGGCACCCAUACUCUCUCCACAGCGGGAGGAAACUUUGUCCCCGGAGCCAAUGUAUUUGGACUUGGCAACGGUACGGCUAGUGGCGGUUCUCCUAAGGCGAGAGUCGCCUCUUACAAAGUGUGCUGGCCUCCUUUUAAAGGUGCCGAAUGCUUUGAUGCUGAUAUCUUGGCAGCGAUUGAUGCAGCCAUCGGUGACGGUGUGGAUGUUAUAUCGGCUUCAGUGGGCGGGGAUGCAGGAGAUUAUAUGAAUGAUGGCUUGUCCAUUGGUUCCUUCGUAGCAGUCAAGAACGGUGUGACGGUUGUGUGUUCUGCUGGUAACUCGGGGCCUAAACCUGGAACGGUCUCUAACGUUGCACCAUGGAUUAUAACCGUCGGAGCUAGCUCCAUGGAUCGGGAGUUUCAAGCAUUUGUAGAGCUCAGCAACGGCUCACGCUUCGAGGGAACAAGCCUCUCUACGCCUUUGCCUGAAAACAAGAUGUACGAUCUGAUCAGUGCCGCUGACGGUAAAGCAGCCAAUGCGUCAGCGUUACAAGCAUUGUUAUGCAAGAAAGAUAGCCUAGACCCGGAGAAAGUAAAAGGCAAGAUCGUCGUGUGUCUAAGAGGAGACAACGCACGUGUGGACAAGGGACAACAAGCAGCCACUGCUGGUGCUGUAGGAAUGAUACUAUGCAACGACAAGGCGAGUGGAAACGAGAUCAUCUCCGACGCUCAUGUUCUUCCCGCUUCUCAGAUUAAUUACAAAGACGGUGAAGCUGUGUUUUCAUACCUAAACUCCACAAAAGACCCCAAAGGCUACAUAACUGCACCCAACACUCAGCUACACACGAAGCCAGCUCCUUUCAUGGCCUCGUUCUCUUCCAGAGGUCCCAACACCAUCACACCAGGAAUCCUCAAGCCUGACAUAACCGCACCGGGUGUCAACGUUGUAGCCGCCUACACGGAAGCCACAGGCCCUACAGACAUAGAAUCCGACAACCGUAGAACUCCUUUCAACGUCGAAUCGGGAACAUCCAUGUCUUGUCCUCACAUCUCCGGCAUCGUCGGUCUCUUGAAGACUCUCCGCCCUCAAUGGAGCCCCGCCGCGAUCCGUUCCGCCAUCAUGACUACUUCAAGAACUAGAGAUAACACUCGAAAGCCAAUGGUUGAUGCAACGUUCCACAAAGCAACUCCUUUUGGGUAUGGCGCAGGCCAUGUUCAGCCCAAUAAAGCUUCCCACCCUGGCCUUGUCUACGAUCUCAACACUGGAGACUACUUAGACUUCCUCUGCGCCAUUGGUUACGAGAACAAGGUAGUUCAACUCUUUGCCGAUGAUCCGCUAUACACGUGCCGCGAAGGAGCUAAUCUUUUGGACUUCAACUACCCUUCGAUCACUGUCCCUAAGCUCACGGACUCUGUUACAAUCACUCGUAAGCUCACGAACGUUGGACCUCCGUCCACGUACAGAUCCUAUUUCCAUGCGCCCCUUGGAGUUGAAGUCUCCGUAGAGCCGAAACAGCUCACGUUCAGCAAAGUUGGUGAGGAGAAGAUGUUUCAGAUGACUAUCGGGGCCACGUCAGAGAAGGCUUUAGGGUACGUCUUUGGAGAGCUGACGUGGACUGAUUCAAAACACUACGUCAGGACUCCCAUUGUCGUCCAACUUUCAAGCUAGUCUCUAGCUACUUUAUUCAUCACUCUACUUUUUUAUUUUAUCUUUUGGAGUUUAUUUUUAUAUCGAACAUUCCAUUAGUUUUGGAUAAUAUUUAAUUUUUGAGCUAAGUUUGGCAGCUUAAUGUUUAAAAAACCAAUUCGACAUGCAUAAUCUAAUCUUUUCUAGGAUAAUAUUGUAGUUUCAGAUAGUUUUAUGCGAUAAUAUUUUGCCAAGUGGGCUCAAGACCAACCAAUUAGGAUCUUCUUUUAUUGUUUUUUUAAACUUUCCAAUUUAAUUUUUUUUGGGAAACUAUAGAAGCACUAGAUGCAAUGUAACAAUGUCUUUGAAUUUUUCUUUGAGCAACCAAUGUCUUUUGAAUAUAAUUUUACAUUCAUUCGGAAAAAAAAAAUAUUUUGCCAAGUGCAAGUUUGCGUGUUAGUGACAAGGGUACUACAUAAAGUGUGCCUGGUUUCUUGACCCGCUAAAACGGCAGCGAUCGUCGUCUCGUGGCAGCAAAGGCAGUGUUGAAACUGUAAGUCAAAGCUGAGAUUUUUCUGAUUGCUGAUUGUUUUUGAAGCAAAAAUGUGAAACCUUUUUGAAAAUUUGGUCUCAAGAAGAAUAAAGUCGUGAUUUUUAGUGCAAUUGGAAUUGAUAUGG